GUCGGUCUGUGCUCUCUGUUUAGCUUAAGUUGUCCUUUUUUGAAAAUGACUUAUAUAAUUGCUGAUCUGGAUAAAAGUUUGGGAUUUCGGAGCAGCUUCCACAGACAGUGAUCCAUACACGGCGAAUUCAAAGAUAAAGGCCCCCGGUCUUUAUUUUUUACAUGUCCGAAUAUUUGUAUGACCCGCCCCUAUCGCCGUAAUCUCUAUAUGCGCGCGUCUGUGGUGAAGAUUUAGAACCAGACGACGAUCGACGUAUUAUAGAGAAGAGAGCUGAAGUAAAACAAUGUCUACAGAAGCUUUAUCUUCCGGCUCGACUUUCCCUCCCCUAAAAGCGGGUACCCUCCGAAUCUAUAGCAACCGAAUCUGUCCCUAUGCCGAGAGAGCUCGACUUGUUUUAGCACACAAAGACAUUCCGAAUGAAGUGGUUAAUAUUCACCUUUCCAAAAAACCGGAAUGGUUUCUGGAGAAAAUAAAUCCUCUGGGAAAAGUUCCCGCUAUUCAGAAGGACGAUAAAAUUGUCUACGAGUCUGCAGUGUGUUGUGAUUAUCUGGACCAGGUAUAUCCGGGCAACAAGCUGACCCCCGAUGACCCUUACCAGCAGGCAAGAGAUAGAAUAUUGGUGGAACAUUUUGGACAGGUUACCACACAGUACUAUAAGAUGCUGUUUGGUCCAUCAGAAAAUUGUGCAGCGGCAGCGGAAACCUUGAAAAAAGGGCUAAUGGAAUUUGACAAAGAAAUACAAAAAAGAGGGGAUUUCUUUGGAGGAAGCGAACCUCGUAUGAUAGAUUUCAUGGUAUGGCCUUGGUUUGAGCGAUUUCAUGCGACGGAAAAGUUGGUGAAUCAAAUAUUUAUAUCUGAUGGAUCAAUGCCGAACCUGACUGUUUACAUGGAUAGGAUGAUAUCUUUUCCUGCUGUACAGAAAUGUCGUCUUAGUACAGAAAACCAUCUUGAAUUUUACCAGAGUGUGAAAAAUGGCGCACCUAACUAUAACGUUGGACUGUAGUGAUUGCCGAGACUUUCGUUUGGUUAGGCCAUGAUCAGACAGAACUUUGAAUGAGGCAGAAUGACAAUUAAUCCUUCAUCAAUGAAAUCCAAUUAUAAGUUAAACAAACUUGAUUUCUAUUUUACGAAUAUACUACAUACAUGUAUAUAGAUAACAUUUUUGUUCCCCGAGCCUCUGGUUCUCAGGUUUUCUGUUGUGAUAAGUAUGAUCAAAGUAAGACAUGGAUUUUGCAAAAUGUGUACAAGCCGCAGCUAGGUGAGAUAACGGAUUACAAGAUUAUCUUCGCAAAAAAUAUUAGGCAGCUGACGUAAAAAAAUAACCAUGACAUAGCAUGCAGGUUCAUCCACCCCUCCCCACAUUUUCCUUGAUGUUUUCCCUGUUUCCAUUUCCAUCUUUUAUAGCUCGUUUUAAACAAAUAUGGUGAAAUGCAGCACAAAAUAUUAAAUAACGAUUAAUUAUGAAAACGUGUUAAAAAAAAUUAAAAUGAAUAUACAUGCAACUUUCAUUUGUCUACACUUGAAGCUCAUGGGGAUGAAAACUACUAUAAACGUUUACCAUUAUGCCAAUAGUGAGGCUUCAAGGGAGCUAGAAAAUAAGAAAUUAAAUCGUUGCUUAAGUUGAUUCAUGUACGUGAUUUUCUUGUAGAAAAUCGUAAAAAAAUAAAUAUAAAUAAACAAUAUAGGACUCAA